UGCGAGAUGAAGGCUCCACUCUCGGUUUUUCUAUCAGUGCUUAUUUUGGCGACUGGAUCGGCAAAAGCUGAUGAUAAUCCUUGCCAAGAUGUGGGAUUGGCAGGAUUCGUUUGCCUGAAUUGCACCACUUUGGGCUACUGCAUCCGCGAUGCCACUGGCAAGUGGGAAACGAUUUCGAUGCUGGGCUGCCAGUCGGACCACAGUUUCUUCUGCAGCGACGAGGGAACGUUUGGAUGCACCUGGCAGUCGCAGUGUCAAGUUCCCAAACGUGGUCCUUUCACCUGCCAGCAAGCGGGCUUGUUCCCAGAUCCCUAUGACUGCAGGAAGUAUCAUGAGUGCAGCGAUCAGAGUGUGGACACCAUUCGUCAGUGCUCCAACGGAGCUGGUUACUCCACCCUCUUGGAGACUUGUGUUCUUGACCGGGAAAGUGAUCCGUGCACGAAGGAGCAGUUCAGCUGUAGUCGAUCCGGACAAGUUGGGGGUUGGCUGCCUGAUAACCGAUAUUUCUAUGUCUGCGUUAAUGACUCCACUAACUCUCUGUAUCCACUGAUGAUGAAGUGCCGUGAGGGUUUCGUUUUUGACAGUCACAGUUGUGUUCCUAACACUCGCUUCAAGAAUAAGGAGUUGCAAGUUAAGAAGUCCAACAAAUGCGUGGACAACACCAGGUAUGAAUGUCCCUUCCGAACUUCCGAGAACGAUUACUGCAAGUGCGUCGAUGGAGAUCUUCAGGUUAUCACCUGUCCUGCUGGCUUCCACUUUGAUGCCAGGAUUUUAACCUGCGUCAGUGAAAGUUCCUAUCAGUGUAGAAACUUUGAAGUCCUUAGCUGUCCCAAUGCCACCGCCAAGGAUGAGUACUGCCUGUGUAUCGAGCAUCAACUGCAGAUCUAUAACUGUCCGUCGGGAUUCUACUACAACCCUGAGACUUUGAUUUGCCAAGCUGAAUAAAUUAAUCAUUUUUAG